AAGCAUUAUAAGAGAAAAAGUCUCAUUUGGGUUCUCCUUGGAAUCAACCAAAGUUCAUUGUUCAUGGGACUUUUACUUUGCUUAGUACUGUCAGCGUUGUUGUACCAGUCGACUACUAAUGGAGAAGAUCAGCUCGAGUAUUUUACUCGGGAGUUGCUGGAAUCGGCCAAGGAGCCCGAGUUCUUUGAAUGGAUGAUAAGGAUCAGGAGGCAAAUUCACCAAUACCCUGAACUGGGUUUUCAGGAGGAGAGGACGAGUCAACUCGUAAGGUCUGAGCUUGACUCGAUGGGAAUUGAGUAUAAGUGGCCAGUUGCCAAGACUGGCGUGGUUGCCUAUAUUGGUUCUGGUUCUAAACCAGUCUUUGGCCUCAGAGCAGACAUGGAUGCUCUACCUUUACAGGAAUUGGUAGAGUGGAAUUACAAGAGCAAGAUUGAUGGAAAGAUGCAUGCAUGUGGUCAUGAUACUCAUGUAGCUAUGCUACUUGGAGCAGCUAAGUUACUCCAAGCAAAAAAACAUUCACUCAAGGGAACUGUGAAGCUAGUUUUUCAGCCUGGAGAAGAGGGUUAUGCUGGAGCUUACCACAUGUUAAAAGAUAGUAUUUUGGAUGACAUUGAUGCCAUUUUGAGUAUACAUGUUAUUCCAUCAAUACCAUCUGGUGCCAUAGCUUCAAGACCUGGUCCAAUCCUUGCUGGCGCAGGCCACUUCUCAGCCACUAUACAAGGAUUGGGUGGUCAUGGAUCUACUCCUCAUGAGACCAAGGACCCCAUUACUGUAGCAGCCUCAGCAAUUCUUUCUCUGCAACAGAUUGUAUCUCGCGAAACGAAUCCGCUUGAAGGCAAUGUGGUGACAGUCGGGUUCAUAAAGGGAGGUGAAGCAAGAAAUGUCAUCCCAGAAUCUGUAACGUUUGGGGGAACUUUUAGGAGCUUGAACCCUGAAGGUCUCACGUUCCUCCAAAAAAGGAUUAAAGAGAUUAUAGAGCAGCAAGCAUUGGUGCAUCAUUGUACUACUGUGAUGGACUUCAUGGAAGAUCAACCGAUGCCUCAUCCGGUGAUGGUCAAUGACGAAGGAUUGUAUCAACAUGUGAAAAAAGUAGGGGAAGUACUUGUUGGUGAAGAUAAUGUAAAACUUUUUCCAUUGACCAUGGGAUCAGAAGACUUUAGCUUCUUCUCACAAAGAAUGUCUGCUGCAAUUUUCGUGAUCGGGAUAGGGAAUAAGAGCCUGAAAUCUGAUAAGCACUUGCACUCUCCUUACUUUUUUGUUAAUGAGGAGGCUCUUUCAGUUGGAGCAGCACUGAAUGCUGCAGCUUCAAUCUCGUACUUGGAUAAACAUGUCUCUAGAACUGAAACGUGCACAAGGGAUGACAAAAAUAUGUGUUUAGCUAAAGAGUAAUUACCAAAAUUGUGCAAAUCUUGUUAAUAAACAAGAGUCUAGAAUUGUGCAAACCUUGUAUUGAAUUGAAAAACACACAAGUUAAAUGCACUUUUAAAUAAUACCUCACUAGCAUGUGUUUAGCUCAA